CCGUUGAAAUUUGAAUUUGAAUUUGAAAGCUUGCGCUCAUUAAUCGAUAAGCCGUUCGAGCACUGUAAUGUUAAAAAUAACAUUGCUAUGUUAGUAUUGAGAACGACUGUUAAUCGAAAUUAAGCGAAGAUAAGCAAUUUAAACUUACGAUCAGCUGUGCUUAUAGUAUAUCUUUGAAUUAAAUUACAGCUCAGCCAAAAUGGAACCAGUCUAUUAUAAUGCGGAUGCAGUGCGUCGUGUGCUCAGCUGGCCGUUGGUCAAUGAUGCAGUGGAGCAGGCACUCAAAGCAGUAAUCAAUGUAAAGCAGCCAAAUGAAGCUGGCGCCUAUGUAGAUCAACCCGCACGCAUUGUGACAAAAGCAGAUCCGUCCAAGCUGCUGCUUGCCAUGCCCGCCUUUGUGGGCAACUAUAAGCUGAGCGGUGAAGCCAGCUCAACCAACAGCUUGGCCUGCAAGCUGGUGACGUCAUUUAGCAGCAAUCAGCAGCGCAAGCCACCGCUGCCCAGCGUAGCAGCACAUAUAAUGCUCUUCGAUGUGGACACAGGCGAACUGUCAGCGAUUAUGGCGGGCACAGACAUAACCACCUGGCGCACUGUUGCAGCUUCCAUCGUAGCAACCAAGUAUUUGUACUUGCGUCGCUUUGCCGAGGAGCGUGCGUUGCAUGUGGCAAUUGUGGGCUGCGGCGUGCAGGGUCAGCUGCAUGCUCGGGCCAUGUGCGCAAACUUUAAAGUGCAGCAGCUGAGUCUUUACAAUCGCACCACAGCGAAGGCCACACAAUUGGCCAAGCAGCUAGCCGCUGAGUUUGCCCAAACGCAAAUUGAAGUUUGUGCCACAGCGGCUGAGGCAGUGCAGCAGGCAGAUGUCAUAUGUGUGGCCACCUAUGCGGACGUGGCGCUCUUUGCUGCAAAGGAUUUGCGUGCCAGUCGCGCUGUGCAUAUUAAUGCUGUGGGUGCUGGCGAAGUGGCUUUUGGCGAGAUUGCAGCCGAUAUCUAUGCGGAAUCCUUGGUGUACGUGGACAGCAUGGAGAAUGCAGCAAAGGAGCUGCAAGAUCUGCCUGCGCCCAUAGUCGCUGCUGUGGGUUCUGUUAUACUGCAACAAAAUUAUCCAGCAGCCAAUGCACUCACCAUAUUCCAAUCCAUGGGUAAGCACAUACUCUCUCUCUCUCUCUUUCUCCUUGACUCACUCACUUACUUCCGCAGGGAUGGCUUCCGAAGAUGCCUGCGUCGCCGAAGCAGUUAGAAGAGCACUCCAAAAAAAAAAUACACUUUGAUGGUUUCCAUUAGCAAUUAAA